UAUUUUAAUUUCUUGUAUUUUCGUCCAUUUUUGAGAAAUACAAAAUAUAUUUAUUUUCCUAAUUUCCUUUUCUAAUUUUGUUCAACCUGGUAAUUUUAGAGAAGAAAGUUUGAAUUUGAAGUAUUUUUAUAAUAAGUUUAAACUUUAAAAUAAACUAAUAGUGUGAAGUAUCCCAUUAGUAACCACAUAAGAAUUAAGAAAUAUAGCAAUAUAUUUGUACGAUACAAAAUAUUUAACAAUUGUUUAAUUAAAUAUUAUUUAAUUAUUUAAUGGACGAGUUGCAAGCAUGGGAAGACUUAGCAAACAUACCACCAGAUCCACCUGUGAUGCGCGAAGUUUGUACAAACUGCAAAAGACCAAUGGUUGUUUGUUGGUGUUCUGCAUUGCCUACAGAAAGGUUAAACCCUCGAAGCAGAGUUAUAUUAUUACAACAUCCUGCUGAAGAAAAGAGAUGUCUACGAACUGCACCAAUGUUGCAAUUAGGUUUAUCACAAAAUAAGUGCCUUAUAUAUAAAGGAAAGAAAUUUCCUCAACCAAGACAUGAAGACUUAGAGAGUAUUCUAAAUCAACCAAAUACAGUUUUGUUAUAUCCAAGUAAAACAGCAAUAGAUAUAAGAGACUUGGAGAAUGACUCUGAAUCUUAUAAUCUCAUACUGAUUGAUGGAACAUGGCCGCAGGCGAAAGCUAUAUACACUUCUAGUCCAAUACUUCAUAACAUCAAACAAGUGAAACUACUGACCCAUAUUACAAGUAGCUACAUUAUAAGGACACAGCCCACAGAAGGAUGCUUGAGUACUCUGGAGACAGCUGCGGAGGCACUAUCACAGCUUGAAGGAGACUAUUCUUAUAGGGAUCAACUUAUCCAGCCUCUACAUAUAUUAUGCAAAUAUCAAUUAGAAAAUGGUGCAGUGACACAUCAAUCAAAAGAGUUUUUACUUAAAACAAAAAUGUAUCCUAAGUUGAUUGGCAAGAGAUUAUCUAAACUAUUAAGAUCUACAAAUGAAUUUGUAAAUCAAACUUAAUUAUACAUUUACAGAUAUACAAUUGUUUAUACAUAUACAGGAAUAACACUUUUUAUAAGGUUCAGUACUAAGUAAACUUGGUAGGGUUUUUUUAUUAUAGUUACAGCUUUGAAUUUUUUUUUAUGUAGGAAAGUAUUGCUUUCA